AUGGCUGGCGCGGGUCGACGAGGCAGGCUUUUGCAACAGGAGGUCGCAGCGGUGGAUCGUCAAGUAUAUGACUUGGAGUUGCGCGAGCAGGAUUUGGAGGUGAAUGCAUUGUCAUUGAAGGCUGAGGAGACGGCAGAAGAGAGGCAAGUGGCAGAAGCCACAGAAGCCCUACUGCAAAGAGAGGAAAACCUCGCCAAGACCGAGGAGCUGUUGGAGGCUUGUGCUUGUUCAGCUCAAUUGGCACAGCGGCUUUCGCACGGUGAGGUGGAACGUCUGGCCGGAACUUUGACGCCUCGGCGACCACUGCUGCUGGUUGAGGCCUGGGCACAGGAGCAGUGGUUGGGGGAGCAAUGGCUGCCCUAUGCACAGGCGCGGCCGCAAGGCAGAUGGACGCUGCAACUGGAGCGCUUGGCUACGGGCCGUCCGGGCCGUCCGCCGGGCGCGAGCCUGGGCACGUGGCAGCUGCAUUUGAGUGGCGCUCGACUGGCGCGGGAACUCGAAACGUCGGGCUGCGAAGACUUUGUAUUUCAGUUGUCGCAUUUGUCUUCGAGAUGCGCAGGGAACAUGUCCGAGAUAUCAGCGGUUGCUGUCCAGGCUUGGAUUUGGGGUGGCCAUGCUUUUCUGGAUGAAAGGAGGCCGUUGCCAAAGGCAGCCGAUCAUGGGUGGCGGAAGGUCUUCCAGUCUGCGGAGGUACCCACUCAGACUGAGGACAAUGAGAUCAUAGUCCGAUUUACACGCGAGCAGUUUACCAUGCGCUUACUGCUGCAUCCACUGCAUCCUGUCCAUGAAGUGCCGGACAGCGAGGCAGGCGAUGCGUUGUUGGAAGAGCUCAAAGCAGCAACUUCACGCCACAGCGCGUUGCUGGAACAGCUGAAAGUCAUGAGACCUUUGGCUGCAGAAGCCACAGAGGAGGCAGCAAGACUGGUUGCAGCCGCUCGCAACCAGCAGCACCGUGAGUUUAUGUCGCUCAGCUCAGAAGCUUCUCUUCUGGCAGAGGAACUAGGUGAAAGUGGAAGUGGGGAAGGACAUCAAGAUAUGCUGGCGGAAAGUGCAGCACAUGAGAGACCUGAGCUGACGGAUGCGCAUGUGCGGUUGGACCAUGCCGAUGUGUUCUGUGAGUUUUCCGACAUUUUGGAGCACGACCAGGGCUAUGCCAAGAUUGAAGUUAAGAUGCGGAUUUGCGCAAAAUAUGGUCAACUGCGAUCUGCGGCUUUGAUGGCAACUGUGCCACUGGAGGACUACGCAUUCCCCUCUUCUGUCAUAUCCUGGUCCUUCAGAGGCAUUCCCCAAGCCUGGGAGCAUGGGGUUGAGCGAGAGCUCACUGUGGAACUCCGCCACGUUCCGGAGCUAACCGACUCAACGGGAACGGGCUCGAGCUCUGUAUUGAAGCUUCCCUGGAAACUGACCGCUGCCUACAGGCCUUGCCUGUGGCUCAGAGCCGAUGUGGAUGGAAGCAGCAGCAUUGAUGAAGAGCUGGUGUUGCCGGUGACAUUGGCUCACUUCAUGCGGCCUUUGCGCUGCGGACCACGGGCCCUUCAGGCGAGCUGGCAGGAGGCUUGCCGCAAAAGGCAUGACUUGUUCAUUCCCGAGUCAGCAGCAUUGAGAUGGUGUGGGAUGCGGCAGGUUGAAGCAGCAGCAUCCUGUGGAGUCUUUUGCCGCCAAGCGGAGCCCAGCCCUCCUCCACCUCGCUGCAGUAGUGGGGCAGCUGCCAUUCUUCUUGGCGCAUCACUUCCAAGCGGAGGUUGCUGCUUCUUGGCCAUCAGCGGUGGUGGGGGGGCUCCUGUGGCGCUUUCCAGCUUCUGCAGCAGCCAGGCACUGGCCAGAUUGGCGCUUCACGCGGCACAACAGCGAUUGAUUGGUCUUGAACGUUCCAGCCAAGGUGCUUCUAGAUGA